GACUUCUCGAAGGUUUCACAUCGCACCCCAGCAUCGCGCAGGAUCAUACCUCGACGCUUGAGAAGAUGAACUGGUAGUCGGAUUGAGUUCCUAUCAAUCCAUGUUGACGAUCUACUACGGUAUGGAGCGGGAGGUCAAGAGGCUCGGUCCAUACGAGUCGAGCAAGUUCCUUUGUGGUUUGUUUGAUGCAAGACAUUUUGCAUUGCUGUUGAUGGAGCACUUUGAGCUUCACCAUCAAGCACAACAUCCGCCUAAUGGGAAUAGAUCCUUCCGGGGCACGUGUGAUAGGAGCGAGAUACAGAGGCCGAAACGAAACUGCGAUUCUGCCUCAACCGUAUCCAGCAAGCCUUUGGUCUAUGGUACAGUCUACAAUGCUAGUACGGCCUGUCAAUGUGAGUAGUCUGGUGGCCUUCCCGUCAACCUUAUCAACCAACACCGCACGGUCUUGGGCAUGCCCUCGAUGAAAACUGCCAACCUACCAACCCACGUGGAACAG